AGUGCUGGGCUGUUCGAGAGCACAAGCUGCAAGCCCGGGCGCGAGCGCGGCGCACUGGCUGGCGAACCCAAGAGCGCUAGGCGCCCCAGGCUGGCGGGCGCCCUGGGACCCCUCACCCUGUCUGGCUGCCCAUCCUCGGGCGCCCCCACCUUCCGUGCCUGCAGAAGUCCCUGGGCUUCCCCAAAGGAGCUCACCUCUAGGGGCCCGGACCUCCGGGAGCCCACCACCAUCCCCUCCAGUGCCGCCGCCGCCACCGCAGCAGUCCGAGCAGCAUGGUCCAGCUGGGGAAGCUGCUCCACGUCCUGACUUUGAUGAAGUUCCCCUGCUGCGUGCUGGAGGUGCUCCUGUGCGCGCUGGCGGCGGCGGCGCGCGGCCAGGAGAUGUACGCCCCGCACUCGAUCCGGAUUGAGGGGGACGUCACCCUUGGGGGGCUGUUCCCGGUGCAUGCCAAGGGUCCCAGCGGAGUGCCCUGCGGCGACAUCAAGAGGGAGAAUGGGAUCCACAGGCUGGAAGCUAUGCUUUAUGCCCUGGACCAGAUCAACAGCGAUCCCAACCUGCUGCCCAACGUGACGCUGGGCGCGCGGAUCCUGGACACUUGUUCCAGGGACACUUAUGCGCUCGAACAGUCGCUCACUUUCGUCCAGGCGCUCAUCCAGAAGGACACCUCCGACGUGCGCUGCACCAAUGGCGAACCCCCCGUUUUCGUCAAGCCAGAGAAAGUAGUUGGAGUGAUUGGGGCUUCGGGGAGUUCGGUCUCCAUCAUGGUAGCCAACAUUCUGAGGCUUUUCCAGAUCCCUCAGAUUAGUUAUGCAUCCACAGCACCGGAGCUCAGUGACGAUCGGCGGUAUGACUUCUUCUCCCGUGUGGUCCCACCUGAUUCCUUUCAAGCCCAGGCCAUGGUAGACAUCGUAAAGGCCCUUGGCUGGAACUAUGUGUCUACUCUUGCAUCUGAAGGAAGUUAUGGAGAAAAAGGUGUCGAAUCCUUCACACAGAUUUCAAAAGAGGCAGGUGGGCUCUGCAUUGCCCAGUCCGUGAGAAUACCCCAAGAGCGCAAAGACAGGACCAUUGACUUUGAUAGGAUUAUCAAACAGCUCCUGGACACCCCCAACUCCAGGGCCGUCGUGAUUUUUGCCAACGAUGAGGAUAUAAAGCAAAUUCUUGCAGCAGCCAAAAGAGCUGACCAAGUGGGACAUUUUCUUUGGGUGGGAUCAGACAGCUGGGGAUCCAAAAUAAAUCCUCUACACCAGCAUGAAGAUAUUGCAGAAGGAGCCAUCACCAUCCAGCCCAAACGAGCCACAGUAGAAGGAUUUGAUGCCUACUUCACAUCUCGCACCCUUGAAAACAACAGAAGAAAUGUGUGGUUUGCCGAGUACUGGGAGGAGAACUUCAACUGCAAGUUGACCAUUAGUGGGUCAAAAAAGGAAGACACAGAUCGCAAAUGCACAGGACAGGAGAGAAUUGGAAAAGAUUCCAACUAUGAGCAGGAGGGUAAAGUUCAGUUCGUGAUCGAUGCUGUAUACGCUAUGGCGCAUGCUCUUCACCACAUGAACAAGGAUCUCUGUGCUGAUUACCGGGGUGUGUGCCCAGAAAUGGAGCAAGCUGGGGGCAAGAAGUUGUUGAAGUAUAUCCGCAAUGUUAACUUCAAUGGUAGCGCUGGCACCCCUGUGAUGUUUAACAAGAAUGGGGAUGCCCCUGGGCGUUAUGACAUUUUUCAGUACCAGACGACGAACACCACCAAUCCCGGUUAUCGUCUUAUUGGGCAAUGGACAGAUGAACUGCAGCUCAAUAUAGAGGACAUGCAAUGGGGUAGGGGUGUCCGGGAGAUCCCGCCCUCAGUGUGCACGCUGCCCUGUAAGCCUGGGCAGAGGAAGAAGACCCAGAAGGGAACACCCUGCUGCUGGACCUGUGAGCCUUGUGAUGGAUACCAGUACCAGUUUGAUGAGAUGACAUGCCAGCAUUGUCCCUAUGACCAACGUCCCAAUGAAAAUCGAACUGGCUGCCAGAAUAUCCCCAUCAUCAAACUGGAGUGGCACUCCCCCUGGGCUGUCAUCCCUGUCUUCCUGGCGAUGUUGGGGAUCAUCGCCACCAUCUUCGUCAUGGCCACUUUCAUCCGCUACAAUGACACGCCCAUUGUACGGGCCUCUGGGCGGGAACUCAGCUACGUUCUGUUGACAGGCAUCUUUCUUUGCUACAUCAUCACUUUCCUGAUGAUCGCCAAACCUGACGUGGCAGUCUGUUCUUUCCGGCGUGUUUUCUUGGGCUUGGGGAUGUGCAUCAGUUAUGCAGCCCUUUUGACAAAAACCAAUCGGAUAUAUCGCAUCUUUGAGCAGGGUAAGAAGUCAGUGACAGCUCCCAGGCUCAUAAGCCCAACGUCACAGCUGGCAAUCACUUCCAGUUUGAUAUCUGUGCAACUUCUAGGUGUUUUCAUUUGGUUUGGGGUGGACCCACCCAACAUCAUYGUAGACUAUGACGAACAUAAGACCAUGAACCCCGAGCAGGCCAGGGGCGUUCUCAAAUGUGACAUUACAGACCUCCAAAUCAUUUGCUCCUUGGGAUACAGCAUCCUCCUCAUGGUCACAUGUACUGUGUAUGCCAUCAAGACUCGGGGUGUGCCAGAAAAUUUUAACGAAGCCAAGCCCAUUGGAUUUACCAUGUACACGACUUGCAUAGUCUGGCUCGCCUUCAUUCCGAUUUUUUUCGGCACUGCACAAUCAGCGGAAAAGCUCUACAUACAAACUACCACGCUUACAAUCUCCAUGAACCUAAGUGCGUCCGUGGCGCUGGGAAUGCUAUACAUGCCGAAAGUGUACAUCAUCAUUUUCCACCCUGAACUCAAUGUCCAGAAACGGAAGCGAAGCUUCAAGGCGGUAGUCACAGCAGCCACCAUGUCAUCGCGGCUGUCACACAAACCCAGUGACAGACCCAACGGUGAGGCAAAGACAGAACUCUGUGAAAACGUAGACCCAAACAACUGUAUCCCACCAGUAAGAAAGAGUGUACAAAAGUCUGUCACUUGGUACACUAUUCCACCAACAGUAUAGCUUUUGACUGCUUUCCAAAAGGCCCUGCUGCAAAAAAGAAGUAUGUCAGUUAUAAUAACCUGGUUAUCUAACUUGUUCCAUCCCUUGGAACCAUGGAGGAAGAAGAGACCCUCAGUUAUUCYGUCACCCAACCUGGCAUAGGACUCUUUUGGUCCUGCCCGCUUCCAUCACCGGAGGAGCUUCCCUGGCCAGGAGACCAAUGUUAGAGGAUCCAGUGUCCUAAACAGCUGCUUUCUGAAAUACCCUUACUUUAUCUUGGCUUARUAAGUCACUGGCAUUAGCACUGCCAACUCGGCUUGAAUUGUGGACCUUCCCUACCAGAGGGAGAGUUGAGACUCAAGUCCCACCCUGGCUCUUUAGGAUGCAAUGGAGAGCCACAGGACCGACUUGGGGGCUGACUGGUCUUUCUACAUAUGCACUUCCGGGCUGCAAGGUUUUGAAAUUUUUCUGUACAGUUUGUGAGGACUUUUGCACUUUGCCAUCUGAUGUCGUACCUCAGUUCAUUGUUUCYGAAUGCCCUGUUUCAUAGAGCCCCGCCCUCUCAGAUGGUGGAAUGUUUGGGAAAUUUUUUAAAAUGAUUAAAAUUUUAAAAAGAUCUUGGCAGACAAAGGCACACAUACAUCUGUACGUGACUAUAUGGUUAUGAUUAUAGUACCACUGCAAAUCACGUUAUUUUUUUUAAGACAAAAAAGAUAUUUAAAGACCAAAAACUGUGCUGAGAAAGUAAACCCCACCUAUCUGUGGUACAUGAUAGGUGACAUGAAAAGAAAGCAUUGGCUCAAUGGCAUAAGGUCUUGGUCCUUGGAAUGCAUGCCAGUAAUGUAUUUUACAGUACAUGUUAAUAAUUUAUGUUCGAUAUUUGUAUUUCUGUUCUCUUUGUUAUUUUAAUUAAGAUAUAUGGAUAUUUUGCAAUAAUUUUAAUAAUUAUGCGAUUUGAAGGAAAGAAAUAUGGAUUUUUCAUGUCUUGAGGUUUUGUUCAUGCCCCAUUAUGACUGACCAGUGUGAUAAGGACUUAAAAAAAAAAAAAAGCAUGUAUGUUUUCUACUGUUUGUAAUAAGUACUUUCGUUAAUCUUGCUGCUUAUGUGCCAAUUUAGUGGAAAAAAGAAAAAAGAAAAAAAAGAAAAAAAAAAMMCUUGCUGGAAAAUUCCCUCUUUCCAUUCUCUUUCAAUUCCGUGGUAUUGUCUAAGAAUGUAUCAAUAAAAUACUUUGGUUAACUUUUU